CUUCCGGCCCCAGGAAGGUGUAUUAACUCCGCCCCCGUCUCGGGGCUGUGCCCCAUAGGUGGAGAGAAGUUGGAAAGGUCCUGCCCGUCACUCCUUUACACUCAGAAGCUCAGUGGCCCGCUUGUCAGGAUGUCGGACGCCUGGGUCUCCGGCCUCCUCACGCUCGCCUUGUUCUUCAGCCUACAGCCCAGUCUCCAACGAGUAAGCGCCGAGGAGCUUAUAGCCAGAUGUCACUUUUUAAACUGCCCCAGAGGAUUCGUAUGCUGUGAGAGUGGGUGCUGCAUGGAGAAAAGCAUGUGGGAUCUCGCAAAUGACCCUUUCAGGAUCUUGUUCAUUAUCUUCCUGGUCAUGGUGCCCCUCUUGUGCAUCUGUGGCCUGGUGAAGCGCUUCUGUCACAAGUGCAGAAAGCCAGAGCAGAACCACAGAAUGGAUCAGCGGAUGCCUCCAGAACCGUCCUCCCUAGACACCAUCUGGGUCACCACUUUGGAUCCCCCCCCACCCUACAGCCAGGUUGUUCUGAAGUCAACUCCCACAGAACCACCUCCACCCUACAGCCUCAGGCCUGAGGACCUUGCUGACCAGAUGAGAGAGACAACCCAGCCUGUUGAGCUACCUGGCCCACAAGCCUCUUAGAUCAAGCCCCAGGACUUCCGAAGACUCUGGACUGAUUCCACGCAUCCAAUCAUGCCUCUGAUCUUCUGAUUUAAUUUAUUGUUUUUAUACCCCUGUUCCUCCCCAACCGGCCUGUGAGAGCUGAGCUGGAUCCGUAGUCUUUGUCCUAAUCCCACACCAAAGGCUGUUGAGACUUUCAAGAAUUGGGUGUGCCUGCAGUGGGAUUCUGAGAGAUCCGUUGCUGGUGGAAUGCAGAUCCUGACUGGACAGCUCGCUCUGCCGCCCUGUAGAGCUACUUCAGGAGGCUGAACUGUGGACUCUGAGCCACCUUCCUACAAUACCUGGACAGAGAAGACCCCCACUGUAUACCUCCAUAGCAGCGCACAAAACAUAUGUCCUUUCACCGGCUCUGUAUCUGUGGCGGGGAAGUGGUGAUGGAGACGAGUUCCGAGGCUAAUAAAACACUUCCAGCUCCUUCCAAGUGGUCAUGGACUGUGUUGAUUGACCACCUGCCUGGGAGGAUCUUGCAUCCAAAAAGUGGAUGAAUGCUUUGACCUUCAGUUCCUUGGGACCUGGGGACACUAAAGAAAUGAACUGGAGAGCUCUCCCAGUCCUGUCCUGGUCCUGUGAUCUGCUUUCCUUGGAGACUAGAACUUGGAGAAACAGGUGUGGUUAGACAUCUGUGGAGCCAGGCCCACAGACUGCUAGCUUCCAGACUCCUCUCCAGGAAUCCCCUGGAGGGAGAGGGGUGGAAGACCCCACCCUGCUCUUCCUGCUGAGCCUGGGCUCUACCUUAGCUCCACCCACACUUAACCCCUAAAGGGAAGAAGAUUCUGUCCUGUAGGCCCUACAGCAUAGCUUGGAGCUGGGACUCUCCCUCAGGCGAGGCAGCAGAGGACAGGUCCUGCUGCCUUGGCUUGGGUAGGUGGGGGGGAGGGGUCGUGCUAGGUAUCUCCACCUCAUCCUUGUCUUUUUCCGAGUGCGCUGCAGAGAAGAGAAGGCCAGCCUUUCUCUCCAGACCCAACCUCACUGCCUAGGUGUGCAGGCAGGGUGCUUCUGACAGGAUCCUCGAGACAGUGGUGCCUGGGGGAAAGCAGUAGUGCUGACAAGAUGGCGCUGGGGGUGACAGGGAAAGGGGGGAGGGCGGUGGGCAGGAGCGUCUCUGCCUUGAUGUGGCUGCUUCUCCUUAGGGCUGGGGUUUUCCCUACAGGAGGAGGUCACCUCAGCCUUCUUGUCACCGAUGAUGGUGUAGAACUUUUUAAUUCAGUGGCAUGGCCUGCAGGGUGUGUCUUUCCCGAAGCUCGAUGGCUGAAAUAUUAUAUUUUAAAUGUGCAUUGGUAUUUUCUGAGGGUGUCAGAUCCCCUGGAACUGGUGUUACAGAAGGCUUGUGAGCUGCCUUGUGAGUGUUGGGAAUUGAACCCGGGUCCUGGAAGCCCAGCCAAUGCUCUCAACUGCUGAGGCACCUCUCCAGCCCCCUGGAGAAUGAUUUUUAUCCCCACUCCAGUCACGACUCUUGGUGAGAGUGGAAGAGAUGUCACCUUUUCAGAGAUGACCUUGCAUUAUCCACUCAUGCCACCCACGUUUAUAAGGCACUAUGCCUGUCCUGGGUAUCUAGGAUGAGACCAGGUGCCAUUCUACUUCUGAGGACAAGCUUGCAGAGAGUCCCACACUCUAAAGCUCAUGGGUGGGGUAUGACCCAUGGGAGCCUGUUCUGUAAGACAUGCACCCACACUGAACACCACCCAGCCUACAUCUUGGCUUUUUACUGUUGUAAGAAAAAGCAAGUUGAAGGGCAGCUUUGAUUUGUAAAAUAAACUCAAUCUUUACAUUUUUGUAAA